CUGGACGGCGACUUACGAUGCAGYUUCUUUUCCUCAGGUUACUAGAGAUCUAGUUGAGAACGCUAAGGAUAUAGCGGAUGAGGACAUCCUGGUCCAUGCUUGUAUGACGGAUGUGUUAGCUAUGAAGGAGAAAACCUUCGUAGACCUCUGGGGGGCCAAAUCCGCCUUCCAUAGCGGAUUAGUGAAUGUCCCUGUCACUGAUUCCUUCGAUUCGGACUCCGACUGUGAUGGUUUGGACCUCACGGAAGAGGAAAAGCGCUUCCACGCUGCGGAAGUGGCAAAAACCCAACAGGACCUUAGCAAUGGUAUGGCUAAGGACAAGCGUAAGUCGGUGUCCAAAUAUCUGAGGAAUGCGUUCCUCCCAUUAGUACCGAGCAGGUGGAUAGAGGUGGAGUCUACGAAGCUCAACAACAAAGUAUGGGAACUGGACACUUACAACCGCUCUGCUCCCAUUAGCAACAGGGCGUAUCAGCUUCUGGCGUCCAUCACGGAGGCUGAAAUGGACUCGUGCUUAGAUAAAGCCAUGGGUGAGGACACAAAACUCAUCAAGGGCCCAUACCCGAUUGGUCUGGAUGCCAUGGCCCUACCGCCAGUUGGGCACUUUGAUCACACUAAGCUCAUCAUGACUCAAAUGGGUGAGAACGUGAUUCUCAACCCCAGUAGAAGGCAGGAUACGAUUCAUGAUGAUCCAGGGGUUAUGGCACACAAAUUCCCACGGAAGAUGGCUGCGCUAAUCCUUCCUGAUAAGUACAUCAAGAGUCCGGCAAAAAAGCGAAGAGUCAAGGAAAAAGACAGACGGCCUGUGAAGAGGCAGAGCAACACGCUGCUUAAAUAUUAUGUCAGACCUCCGGUUGCGGAUGUGCAGCAGGAUCAGCGUCUUGGUGGUGGCCAACUGGCGGUUAACCCGACCUCGUCGUGGGCGGACUUGGAUAGUGUUGAUGUGCAAGAAACUCCUCCUUGCUCCUCGAUCACGAUCUAAUCUGGAUAUGAAAGCUCGGUUGCAAGCAAGCAGCUGAGAAGAAGCCCCAGAUCUUCGACAGCAAGGGCGUCGCUGUUUAAUAAAUAUUAUCCCAUUUA